AUGGCGUUGCCACAACCGUCAUUAAACCAUGUUCCUCCACCUCCUGGACAGCCGGCAAGCCUCACCAACUUGGAUCGUUUGAUGGAGGCUCUCACUCCACAUGUUCCAGUCCAUUACUCAUCAAUGGAGUCGCAGGACACUGCAAGUGACAAGGGAAAUCAAGUCCUUGAGAAGCUACCAUAUUAUUGCCUCAAGGAUGUCUGGAAGGAAAUCACAGAAUGGAGUUUUUAUGGAGUUGGAGUGCCCUUAAUGUUGAAGGGGACAGAUUCAGUUGUGCAGUAUUAUUUUCCUACAUUGUCUGGCAUACAACUAUAUGUUGACCCUUCAAAGUUGCCAUCUAGGCUUAGGAACAAUGCGGAGUCUUCAAGUGAGAGCACUAGUAUUGGAAGCAAAAUGAGCAGACUCUCACUAAACCCAUCAUCAAGUAAUGAGGCAGGAAAUUCCAGUUCAUGUGGGGUGCUCGUAUUUGAAUAUCUGGAAAGAGAAUCGCCAUUUGUUCGCAAGCCUCUAAUUGACAAGAUUUUCUCUCUUACAAGUGAUCACUUUCCUGAGCUUAUGACGUUGAAUAGCUGUGAUGUGCUGCCCACUAGUUGGAUUUGUGUGGCUUGGUAUCCAAUAUGUAGGAUACCUCUUGGCUCAACAUUACGAGAACUGGAUACCGCUUUUUUGACCUUUCAUAAUUUAUCAACGCAAUCUAGAGGCAAUGAUCAGCCAUGGUUUCAUGGUCCAAGUGACGGAAACAGGCAUGUUGAUGAGGCAAGUAUGAAGAUUUCUGUACCUGUUUUUGGCCUUGCUUCUUACAAGUUGUGGGGUUCCAUCAUGGCUCCAACUGAUCCACAUGAGUGCCAGCAAGCAAGCAAUCUAUGGGAAGCUGCAUCUCAAUGGCUCUCACAUUUGCAAAUGAUAAUGCCAAGGACAACAAUGCAGGGAUGGCCACUGGGGGCUUGCGCCAUGAAGGUGAAGGACUUGGAAGGAGGGGAGCAAAAGGGUGAAGAAGAUACUAAAUUGCUAGAUUGA